GCUGUGGACAGUAUGCUACAAUGAUGGCACCAAAUGGUUAUCAAAAUGUCAAAGCUUGCUGAUGCCAUCGACUUGCAAGUACUCAGGAGUUACACAUAAAGGAACAGACACACAGAAGGAAGAUACAGACAUACAGACAACUGAAGAACUGGUUUCCUCCAUUCUGUCUCGCAUCGAGGAGACUCAAAACGUCCCCCAGAAAACCUCAGAUCUACCCGACAGUGCACGAUUCUGGGUGAAUCGCUUGUUAGAAAUCGGCUGCACACAGAAACAAGUCUACCACUUCGUCACCACAAACUCACAGCUCCUCAACAUCCCUGACGAGAAAGUAAAAGAAGUCUUCGCUCUGUUCCUGUACUUGGAUAUAAGCAAGAACAAAGUCAUGGACCUCCUAAGCACUUAUCCGGAGAUCUUGAGAGAACAGCCGGCGGACUUGAAAAGGAAGGUACAGAGUCUGCAGAAACAUGUGGCGAGCGUGGAGAAUGUAGCAAAGGUGGUCCUAAAGUGUCCGCAGGUCCUGACUCUGCCACUGUCAAAAGUGAGAGGUGUCGUGGCAGUCCUGAAGGACAACUGCCAGUUCAAGAGUGCGCAGGUGCAGACCAUCCUGACCACCACCCCCGUGGUUCUGUUGGCCUCUCCCGAGCAUGCGGAGCUGCUGUUUCAGUACGCGUUCUUUGCCAUGGGGGCCACCAGAGAGGACAUGGUGAGGGCCUUCCUGUUCAGGCACACGUGGGAACACAUCAGGAGCAGGCACAUGUUUCUGGAGAGGAGAGGCAUGUACCAACCCCCUGACAAGAAGGGGAAGACCAAAGACCCCAACCCUCCCCUCAGGGACAUCCUGGCUACAACAACCAAGGACUUCCUCACUCAGGUUGCUUUUGCCAGCUACGAGGAGUAUGCAACGUUUGAGGCUCUUCUGGAACAAGAAGAAGAGACAGACGCGGACACAAGUGACAUGUCCAGUUCUGAUGAGUCUGAGACAGAGGAGGACACUGAUGAGGAUGAGGAGACAACAGAGAGAUGAGAUGAUGAACAGGGUUGCCUUUCAUAAGCAAUAUUUUUGGGGCUAAAAAACCCUAAUGUCCACUACCAAAAAAAAUAUCCGCCCAAGCCCUUUAUC